AUGAGUAUCAUAUUUUUUGAAAUAAAUGAUGUGCUGAAAUUAGAUGCUAAAACUGAUUUGAAAUUACAUACCAGUAGUAAAUAUUUUGUUAAUAUGAAACUGAAUAAUGUUGACAUUGAUUUUGAAUUAGAUACAGGUGCUGCUGUAACUUGUGUUGGUGAAUACACAUUUAAGAAAUUUUGUAUUUCUCGAGAAGAGUUACAAGCUAUUGACAUUGCUCUUACAGAUUAUAAUAAACACCCAUUGGAAAUUCUUGGUGUUGCAAUGGUUAAGGUAAAAUAUUGUUCACAAUGCAAAAUGUUACCUAUUGUGGUUAUUAAAGGCAAUCGUGCUUCAUUGUUGGGUAGAAAUUGGCUGAAUGAAAUGAAGAUGGAUUGGCCAAACAUUUUUAACCUUAAAUCUACUAUACAUUCCAUUGAUAAUGGGUCGGAUGAGAUUGCAAAUAUUUUGAAGAAAUAUGAGAGUGUAUUUGAAACUAGGUUAGGAUGUUUAAAGGAUUUUGAAGUAUCCUUAAAGAAUGGACAAGUCCUACAUUUAAUAUUGUCAAGUCAGAUGGUAAAAAUGUUAGAAUUUGUUUGUGCUGAUUUUAAGGAAACAUUAAAUCCUGUUUGUAGUAUCGAUACUUACCCAUUACCUAUUACUAAAGAUAUUUUUGCUACUUUAGCAAGAGGUAAAUCCUUUACUAAACUUGACUUAAGUCAUGCAUAUCAUCAAUUAAAAUUAAGUGUUGAAUCCCAGAAGUAUAUGGUUAUUAAUACCCAUAAGGGAUUAUUUGCCUUUACAAGGUUACAAUAUGGAUUGAAUAGUGCUGUUGGUAUUUUCCAAAGAGUAAUGGAAAAUGUUCUAAAAGAUAUACCCAAUGUUGCUGUAUAUUUGGAUGAUAUCGUUAUUACCAGUCCUACUGAAGAUGACCAUUUGAAAACACUUGAAUUAGUUUUGCAUAAACUUUGUUCUAAUGGUUUAAAGUUAAAGAAGGAUAAAUGUUCAUUCAUGAAUAAAGAAGUUCAACAUUUAGGUCAUAGGUUAGAUGCUGAAGGAGUAGAUGCUUCUGAUGAAAAGGUUAGGGCUACUGAUCACUUUUCUGUGCCCAAGAAUAAGCCAGAAUUGAGUACUUUUAAUGGGAUAGUUAAAUCCUUAUUCUUGACUUGUGAUGCUAGUUCUUUUGGUCUUGGAGCAGUAUUGGAGCAAGAGAGUGAAGAUGGUUCAUUAAAACCAGUGUCAUAUGCUUCCAGAACAUUAACUAGAUCAGAAAAGAAUUAUAGUCAGACUGAAAAAGAAGGUUUAAGUGUAAUUUGGGCAGUUAAUAAAUUUCAUAAAUACUUGUGUGGCAGGAAGUUUGAAAUAUGGACUGACCAUAAACCCUUACUAGGUUUGUUGGGAGAAGGUAAGGCAGUACCCCAUAUAGCCUCUGGUAGGAUCAUUAGAUGGUCAUUAGUUCUUUCUGGUUAUGACUAUAAACUGAAGUAUAAACCACGGUGUAAAAUUCCAAAUGCAGAUUGUCUGUCCAGAUUUCCUAUGCAAAUUAAUGAAUUUGAACCUGCGAAUGCAGGAGAAGAGGUUUUGUUACUUGAACAUGUUGAUACUACUAAUGUUAAUUCCUCUGAUAUACGCAGAUGGACUGAUAGAGAUCCUGUACUAUCUCAGGUAAGGUCAUGUAUUCUGAAUGGUUGGGAUAAUAAUUUUGAGUUAAAUGAAGAUUAUAAACCAUAUGUUAGUAGAAAAAAUGAACUUACAGUAUUGCAAGGUUGUAUUUUAUGGGGAAAUAGAAUUAUUGUACCGCUACAGGGACGAUAUAAGGUUAUUGAUGAGCUUCAUGACACUCAUCCAGGUAGUAUUGUGAAAAUGAAAAACUUAGCUCGAUGUUUUGUAUGGUGGCCUCAUAUUGAUAAAGAUUGA